AUGAAACUGAAACCUUUGACAUUCAAAAUUUAGAAAAUUAAAAAUUUCGUUUUGAAAAGGUUCGAAUUCACGAAUUUUUGCGAUUUUUAUUUUUUUUUUACAUUUUCGUGUGCUUUUGGAGCUCGAUUUAUUUUUUCUAAUUUCGGCUAAAUUAUGCGCAGAGCGUAUUCCUACGAAUUUAUCGCGGAAAAUGAAGCCACACAACGACAUUCGUUACGAUCGCUCAAUGACGUACGCAGAUUCAGUGUGUCGAGCAGUAUAGUCAGCGCCAGAAGUACCAAGUUGGAAGAACAUAUACUAUGUUUGCAUAACAUAUUGAAGCUCAAAUUACUGGCCGUAGACAUGGCGAUCAGGAAGCUAAUCAAUCGCAUAAUGUUCUUAGAGGAUAUUGAGCGUAGCAAAUUGGGCAAAUUCAUACAUUUGCAAUGUCCGGAGCAGAUCUUAAGCUGGCGGUAUGAGGAUUGGUUGGCGACGGUGUCAAACAGAUUGCUGUGGUUCAAAGUACUCGAUCGCCAGAUGCCACCCACACAGUUUACAAUAUGGAUGAAGCUGAAGCACUUUACUGCUAUGCGCAAUUGCCUAUACGACUUAGCCGAUUCUUAUGUAUACCGUAACGGCUAUCCAACGCCCAAGGAAAUUAUGGCGUCUAUAGUGAAAUUUCACAAUUUCGAGAGAGAACUUUCGACACAAGCGCAAACGAAUAAGACAGUGAAAGGCAAAGUGCGCACUCAACUCCUCGCUAUGGAUUUUAUUAAAAGAACUGUGGGCUCAUUAACCAAGAAACCGGAGGAUCUCUCCGUGCUUUAUAAUAUAGAAAACAGUUAUGUGCGACGCUACCACAAAGUGAGAGAGGAACAGGCUGAAAUGUACAUACAUAACGCUGAGGAGCGUCUAUUGAAUGAAAUCCGGCGAUAUAAGAAACGCUAUGAUAACGAACAGUUUGCAUCAACCUGCACAACGGACACUUAUUUCAAUCAGAUAGCGCAUCUCCGCGACCGCAUUGCGAAGCUUACACUACGUUAUGACACCGAGUACUCGAGAUUGGAUAGUAAUGUUAAUUACUUGAGAACAGCUAUCGAGAAAAUCGAAACAACUCGCGCAUACUUGGUGGAACAGAUCGAAUGGUUUAAAGAGGAUGUGCGUCUAUCUACUGUAGGCAUAAUGCCACCCAAACGCAGGAGCUCAAUAAAACCGCUAACGAAAAAUCUACAAUUCCACAAAGAACGUAAACUGACAUUGGUACGUGCACAAAGGAGUCUCAUGUCGAUAAGUUCACAGACGAAAAGGUCUCUGCGUCCCAGAACCAGACCGAAGAAGCAGCCGUCACUCUUAACAGGUACAACGGAUUUAACCGAAAAUUUUGAUGAAAAUUUAGCGGUAAAUCAAGAGGAAAAUCUUCGUGAAGGUCUGGAAGAAAACGUAGCAGAAAAUCUGGGAGAAAAUCUAAAAGAAAAUAUAGCGUAAAAUCAUGUGUAAAAAAGUCUCAAAAAUUCAAAACCAAA